AUGAGUGAAGGUCCAAAGAAAAAGCGCAAAAUCGAUGAAGAAAACUCGUCUGAAGUAUCAGAACCUCCAUCUAAAAAUACAAAAAUUCAGAUUCAGUGUCCAUACUUGGAUACAAUUAACCGGCAUGUUUUGGAUUUUGAUUUUGAAAAGCUAUGCUCUGUUUCGCUGACAAGAAUUAACGUUUAUGCUUGUCUUGUUUGUGGAAAGUAUUUUCAGGGUAGAGGUACGAACACUCAUGCAUACACACACUCAGUUGCAGAUGGGCAUCAUGUGUUCCUAAAUUUAAAUACUUUGAAAUUUUAUUGCUUGCCCGAUAAUUAUGAAGUCAUAGAUUCAUCACUUAAUGACAUAAAAUAUGUGCUCAAUCCCAUAUUUACAAUGGAGCAAAUAAAACAACUUGAUUAUAAUACUAAGAUGUCUCGAGCAAUUGACGGCUCAAUGUACAUGCCUGGGAUUGUUGGUCUUAAUAAUAUUAAAGCCAAUGAUUAUUGUAAUGUUAUAUUACAGUGUCUAGCUCAAGUUCGGCCAUUAAGAAAUUACUUUCUACGUGAGGAGAAUUAUGCUAACAUCAAACGGCCACCUGGAGACUCCUCAUUUUUACUCGUGCAGCGGUUUGGGGAGUUAUUAAGGAAAUUAUGGAACCCCCGAGCAUUCAAAGCUCAUGUAUCACCUCAUGAAAUGUUGCAAGCUGUAGUUUUAUGGUCAAAGAAGCGGUUUCAGUUUAUUAAACAAAGUGAUCCGAUUGAUUUCAUGUCAUGGUUUUUGAAUUCAUUACACAUGGCACUGAAUGGAACUAAGAAACCAGAUAGUUCAAUUAUUUAUAAGUCAUUUUUGGGCCACAUGAGAAUUUAUACACGAAAACUUCCACCACCGGAUGCAGAUGAUGCUGCUAAGGUAGAUUUAAACAGUGAGGAAUAUAAUGAGAUGAUAACAGAGUCCCCUUUCCUUUAUCUCACGUGUGACUUACCGCCAACGCCACUAUUCACUGACGAAUUUAGAGAAAAUAUUAUACCACAGGUUAACCUGUACCAACUAUUAUCAAAAUUCAAUGGGCAAACAUCGAAAGAGUACAAAACAUAUAAAGAAAAUUUCUUGAAAAGGUUUGAGAUUACUCAGCUGCCACCUUACCUCAUACUUUAUAUUAAGAGGUUUACUAAAAAUACCUUUUUUGUAGAGAAAAAUCCCACAGUUGUUAAUUUUCCUGUCAAAAAUGUAGAUUUUGGUGAUAUCCUGACACCAGAAGUAAAAGCAAAAUACAAAGGGAAGACAACUUAUGAGUUAGUAGGUAAUAUACUUCACGAUGGUACACCAGAAAAGGGCACCUACCGAGCACAUGUACUGCACAAACCUACACAGCAGUGGUAUGAAAUGCAAGAUCUUCAUGUAACAAGUAUAUUACCACAAAUGAUAACCUUAACUGAAGCAUAUAUCCAAAUAUAUGAGUUAAAAGAUGACUGA